AGGACCCGCUGGCACGGGCUGCAGAAUCGGUACGAUCUCCCCAGCUCAUCCAUCAUCUCUGCACGGCCGGAUCAUUCCCCUUACGCUGAUCACCACAAACCCAUCCACAAGCACUUGGAUAUGCCGAGGAAUUAAGCUUCUCCCAAGCCACCGAGUGCAAAGCGAAUGGUAUCUAGCAUACGAGAGGGGAUUAAGUGGAUAUAGCACGGUGCAGCACUGAAGCUCGUUCAUCGGCCGGGCUCUACAUUAUUUGCACUUCGCAGCGCCGGGAUACGUAUUUAUUGUCUUCAGAGAAAUACACUGGAUUUAUGAAGGGUCUGCGGUUCCGUGUUUUUGGUGGCGUUUUUUGUUGCUCUUGAUCCGCAAGUGUGGAGUUUACAAGAAUAACAACAAAGACAUUUUCCUAUUUUUGGUUUUUGUUUUUAAUAUUUAAAUUUAAUUUUAUACUGUUUCUAAAUGUUCCAUCAUCAUCGUAUAUAAAAAAAACAUUGCUCUCUCCAUCCGAGCCUUGAACAUAAAAUGUUCGAUGCUGAGAAGGAAUAAAUAUAAAGCUUGAAAAGGCACAGCGGAUUCGUUGGCGAUUUCAGAUCUUGCGUGGAGUGUCCCUGAGAUAUGUUAUAAGAGAAUCUUAAUGCUAAUUUAAGGCUGCCUAUGAUCUGUGUGGAAAAUAUAUUCUAUCACAGCUCCAGAUCCAUAAUUUGUGGUUUAUUUUGAGCGUGGGUUCUUUACUCUCAACUCCUUGGGUUAAAAAAAGCAAGAAUACGUGACAGUUGAUGUUGUUUAUAAAUGACGAUUUUUAAAGACUUUGCAUGAAAACUCUUUCAUGUCAAUUUUUUCAUCACUUGAAUUUUUACAACAAUCGGUGGAUUUUCCUGGAAGAUAAAGGAAAUUAAAGGAUUUUUUUUUUUUGAAGACUUCUAUGGCUUGGAUUGCUUUUUAGGGUCCUGUAAAGACUAUAUAUUAAAAAAAAUUUUUUUUUAGAGAGGAUCAAAGGAGCUUAAGCAAGAAACAAUUUGAAGAUUUAUGUGUAACCAUCUGCCCAGCUGACCACAAGUCCUUGCAACCAUGUUGGCCUGUCUUCAGAGAACCCAGAAUCCUCCAGUGAAGCAUGCCAUGUGCGCAAACAAGGGGAUAGAACCUCGAAAGUGUGAGGCUGUGACUCCAAUGCAGACAUCACGGUACCCAAGUCCGGCAGAGCUAGAUGCUUACGCGCAGAAGGUUGCCAACAGCCCACUGACCAUAAAAAUCUUCCCCACCAAUAUCCGUGUACCCCAGCACAAGCACCUGAAUCGGACUGUAAAUGGUUAUGAUACGACUGGCCAACGUUAUAGUCCUUACCCAAUGCACACAGGUGGAUACCAAGGAUUGCUUGCUAUAGUCAAAUCCUCCAGCAAAAGUGUGCUGAAGAAUGCGGAGGGGAAACGGACUAAAGUAUCUUCUGCACAGGUUGGUGUUGCUCCUUACCCUAUGUCAAGCACUUUAACACAAGGCCAACCUUGCAGUGGACAGCUGAAUUACCUUGGCAACCAGAAGCAACUAGAUGCACCAGUGCCACCCAAUGUGACUGUGGCAGCAUCUGUCAUUCCAUUAACAGGCAGGAACUUAGCACUCCAACAAGCCAACCUGCCAUCCAUCCAGACCAUCAUUUACCAGAUCAACCAACAGUGCCAGGCUCAGGCUUCUCAACAGGCUUGCCAAGGGGUAGUGGUAGCCAAUUCCAGCCCAGCCAAACAAGGCAUGAAUAGUGGAUUUUCUGCUAUGACUGGGAGCACUGUGGCCUACGCUGGCACUGUCUUGCAAGAGUGCAGAGCUGGCAGUGAGCUGGCGCUGGGUUCUGCCCCUGUGGUAGCCAAAGCUGGAUCUUAUCAGGAUGGUAUGGACUACCUAAUUUGGCAACAGAAGCAACAGCAGCUCAGAAUAUACAGUGGUGGAAGUGGAGGUGGUGGAGCAAUCAGCAAAUCUCCAGAGGUUUGCCCAGGAGUGUCACGUCCAUACACACUUGCUAGUGCAGUUGAUAAAGUCAGCUCUUCUCCUUUGAACUGUGUUGGCAUGCAUGGAAAUUUCUCUGUAGGGCAAUAUUUUGCCCCUCCUUGGAACAGCAUCUUAGUCACUCCAAAUAGUGACUGUUACAACCCGCAGGAACUUGUGAAUGGGCAUAGGGACUUGGGGGUACAUCCCUCAGAUGGACUUACCAGCAUCCCUAGCAAGACCCUUUGCAAUACCUCUAUUCUUAGUAGUAGCCUUCAGUCUUUAGAGUAUCUUAUCAAUGACAUUCACCCACCCUGUAUCAAGGAGCAGAUGCUUGGCAAGGGUUAUGAGACGGUGUCUGUACCAAGGCUUCUAGACCAUCAGCACGCGCACAUUCGGCUCCCCAUUUACAGAUAGAGCGGCACACCCUUUUCUGUAUAGGGGUGGCCAACACUGAUUCCGUAAACAAAAUAAUGUUGCGUAGCUCCAAGAAGGCGUAUUUAUGGACUGUAAAGGGCAUGGAUGGCAGGGGGUAUCCCCCACUCCUUUGUAGCCAGAGGACAACGCAUAGUGGGGGAUACACUGGCCAAGUUUUUACGGUACAAAAAAAGUAUCUAGAGCUGCCUCUAUCCCUUGUUGUGUGGAAGGUUAACAUCUUUUAAAGAAAAUGGUGUUGCCUAAAAUAGGCACAAAUUGGUACAACCAUUAAGGAAAGAGACGUAAUUAGUAAUUUGUAUCUACACUGAAUGCAGGAUCAAUGCCCCAAAUUAUUGCUUUUGUAGAGAUUUUUUUUUUAAUUUACAAAUCAGCAAUGUUUCAUUUCAAAACUGCCAUGAAAUUUGACAAGUGAAAUAAAAAAAAAUGAAGGUUAGUGGUAAUAAUAUUGAUUUUAUUUAUUUUUGUGGUGUAAAACAUGAGGUAAUUUAAAGGUGUAUAAUUAACCCUUAUGCUGCCAGUCCAUCCCUUUUUGGUUACUGCCCUGCCUGCCCCUCUCCCACAUAUGAAGGUAAAGAUGGGGUUAACAUGAGGGCUGUCCCAAUAACAGUCAUCCAGGGACAUAGGGUAAUAUUUAGCACAUUGCUUACAGACAUAAAAAAUUGCUCCAUAAUUCAAAAAAUCAUCCUGGAGAAUAUUGUUUCCUUAUGAAGUUCAGUGCUCAUACUCCAUAGAAUAAAAACCAUAGAGACUUUUUUAAUGGAACAUGACUCUAUAUUGGUU